AUGAGCGUCCGAACCGUUGAAUUGAAGCCUUUCCAGGACCAGAAGCCCGGAACUUCUGGUCUCCGCAAGAAGGUCAAGGUCUUCCAACAGGAGCACUACUCAGAGUCCUUCGUUGCCAGCAUCCUCCAGUCCAUCCCCGAAGGUGUCAAGGGCGCAUUCCUCGUCGUUGGUGGUGAUGGCCGUUACUGGAACCCCGAGGUCACUCAGACCAUUGCCAAGAUGAGCGCUGCCUACGGCGUCAAGAAGCUCCUCAUCGGCCAGAAUGGCAUCAUGAGCACACCCGCCGCCAGUCACAUCAUCCGGAUACGCAAGGCGACGGGUGGUAUCCUCCUGACUGCCAGCCACAACCCCGGUGGCCCCGAUGAGGACUUUGGUAUGAAGUACAACCUGGCCAACGGUGCCCCGGCUCCCGAGAGCGUCACCAACAAGAUCUACGAAACCUCCAAGACCCUCAGCUCGUACAAGAUCGCCGACAUCCCCGACAUCGACCUCAGCACCAUCGGUACACAAAAGUAUGGAAGCCUCGAGGUUGAGAUUGUCCACUCCACCGAGGACUACCUCAAGAUGCUCAAGGACAUCUUCGACUUUGACCUCAUCAAGUCGUUCCUCAAGGAGCACUCUGACUUCAAGGUCCUCUUCGAUGGCCUGAGCGGUGUCACUGGCUCAUACGGUGUCGACAUCUUCGAGAAGGAGCUCGGCAUCCCCAACAGCACACAAAACUGUGUCCCCAAGCCCGACUUUGGCGGCCACCACCCCGACCCCAACCUUGUCUACGCCAAGUCGCUGGUCGACGCCGUUGACAAGAACGGAAUCCAAUUCGGUGCUGCCAGUGACGGCGACGGUGACCGCAACAUGAUCUACGGCGCAAACUCCUUCGUCUCGCCCGGUGACAGCUUAGCCAUCAUCGCACACCACGCCGAGCUCAUCCCAUAUUUCAAGAAGCAGGGCAUCUAUGGUCUUGCCCGUAGUAUGCCUACUUCUGGCGCCAUUGACCUUGUCGCCAAGAAGAAGGGUGUCGAGUGCUACGAGGUGCCCACUGGCUGGAAGUUCUUUUGCGGUCUCUUCGACUCUGACAAGAUGAACAUCUGCGGUGAGGAGAGUUUCGGAACGGGCAGCAACCACAUCCGUGAGAAGGACGGUCUAUGGGCUGUGGUCGCGUGGUUGAACAUCUUGGCCGGUGUCGGACAGCAGACUGGAACCACACCCAGCAUUGCGUCGAUCCAAAAGGACUUCUGGACGACCUACGGCCGCACAUUCUUCACCCGCUACGACUACGAGGGCUGCGAGACCGAGGGCGCCAACAAGGUCACCGCCCACAUGAAGGAGCUCAUUACCACCAAGAAGGACGAGUUCAUCGGCUCCACCGUCGCUGGUCGCAAGGUUCUCGAGGCCGACGACUUCUCCUACACCGACCUCGACGGCAGCGUCAGCAAGAACCAGGGUAUCUUUGUCAAGUUCGACGACGGUAGCCGCAUCGUUGUUCGUCUGUCCGGCACAGGCAGCAGCGGCGCCACGAUCCGUCUCUACAUCGAGAAGCACACCAGCGACGAGUCGACAUACGACAUGGACGCGCAGGACUACCUCAAGGACAACGUCAAGCUCGCGACGGACCUCCUCAAGCUCCAGGAGUACGUUGGCCGCACCGAGCCCGAUGUCAAGACCUAA